AUGUGCACCUAGAGGAAGUAAGCGUUUGCGAGGGGAGAGGCGGCCUUAAUCAGGAACCGAGUCCCCGAGUGGUGGUUCGGGGUAAUCGCAAGAGCCAAGGUGAAGCCCGAGGGGGCGAGAGGCGGCGGGCGGGGUCUCGUCAUGCGGCACCGGACGGAGCCGCUCACUUUUCUCUAUAGGACGCUGGCAGCGGAAGGGGGAGUCGAGUCGAGAGUUCUGCAGAAAGCGCGCGUGCAAAAGCCGAGGCUGCUCAGCACCAGCCACGGGGGCGAGAAUAUGACAGAAGAAGCCAAAAAACUGGCCGCCUGUGCUGCGGUAAACAAUCACGUGCAGACUAAUCAUGUCCUUGGAAUUGGAAGUGGAUCUACAAUUGUUCAUGCUGUACAUAAACUGGCUGAGAGAGUGAAAAAAGAGAAUCUCAACAUAGUUUGCAUACCUACAUCUUUUCAGGCACGUCAGUUGAUUCUGCAGAAUGGGUUAACCUUAAGUGACUUAGACAGACAUCCUGAGUUGAAUGUUGCUAUUGAUGGAGCUGAUGAAGUUGACUCAGACCUCAGUCUUAUCAAAGGAGGAGGAAAAAAGUCUAAAAACCUUGGAGAACAAUGGAAGAAGGGGAUUCCUAUUGAAGUCAUCCCAAUGGCCUAUGUACCAAUCACUAGGCUUCUGGCAAAAAAGUUUGGAGGUUUUACAGAGCUGAGGAUGGCUGUCAAUAAAGCUGGUCCUGUGGUGACAGACAAUGGGAAUUUUUUAUUGGACUGGAAAUUUGAUAAAGUCCAUAACUGGAAUGAAGUGAAUAUGGCAAUCAAGAUGAUACCAGGAGUGGUGGAAACAGGUCUCUUCAUCAAUAUGGCAGAGCGGGUUUACUUUGGCAUGGAAGAUGGCUCUGUCAGUGUACAGGAGAAGCCAGUCCAUUGACUCCUCUCAGCUCCUCAGAGCUACUCUGCUGUCUUACAGUUCUGUAGAAUUAUCAUCCUGACGCUAGCCUGACAACUUGCCUUAAAGCAUUCAGUCUGGAUCUCAGCAAAUGGAGUAAAAGGUCCAGGGAAUGUCAUCUUAAAAUCUUUUUUUUUUUUUCAUGUAAUUUUUUUAAAGUCAUAAUUUUGAAUGUUUCAAACUUCAUAUUUUUUAUAUAAAUAAUUUGCCAAAAAAGUUACUUUGUGCAGUAUUUUGAUACUUUGACUGCAGUGCAAUAUGAGGGGAAGAAAAUAAAUGAAAUGUGUGAUAUGUUUAAGUCCAAAAAAAACAAGAUAUAUUUAUGUGAAAGGGCUGUAUCCAGCUAAAAACCUUUUUGGUUCUAUAUUUUAUGCCUUUAAAAAUAUUUUUUAAUCACAACUUUUAAUUAGAGGAUGUCUAGAUUCUUUACAAUGCAACUAAUAUUUCAGCAGUUGACUUUUGUAACCUGAAUUGAAUUUUAAGUUCUGCUUAGAACUGACUCAUCAUAUUUUGUUUACAUGUUGCCAUGAUCAUUAAUGUGUGAAAAACAGACUAUGUGUCUGGACUGGCAAAAUGUUUUAAGUCCAAGCAAGUGCCGCUGACACUACUCAAUAGUGGCUUGAAUUUAUCUAUGAUAUCAACACUGUGUGGUCAAGCCACAUUUUCAAAUGUUUCUGAAAUAGCAUGGAAGAAGCCUUGCCACAAAGAUUGUUAGGCCACCAUGAAUAAUGUAUGGAUUAGUCAACAUUUCGAUGUGUAAGUUCAGUACUCCAUUAUUUGUUCCUAGUAGCAAAAGAUUCCAGUCUGUUUUAACAGUCAUUUAUGUAUAUGAUUUGGAGUUCAAUUCUUACUAAGAAUUGUUAAUAAUUGUAUGGUGAUGUUAAACAAGGUGCUGUAACUAAUUGCAGACAAAAAAUGGACUCUUCUUGGAUGAACUAUAAAUGUAGCAAGAAUAAGACA